CUUCGGCCUCAUCCACCUGAAGCGAAGCUUGACGGCGAAAACCUCCGCCAGCCAUAAACCAUCACCGCAGACGCACGCAUAAUUACGCAUACGUAACUGGGACCUUCUGGCUUCCUUGUUCCGUGUGCUUCUGUCCGCCUGCACUUGGUUCGGUUCUCAUAGUAUAAAGACAUUCAUUAACGAUAACGACACACGACGUCACCUGUCUCGUCGUCUAUUUUACCACCCGCUCGCCCACGCUCGCCCACUCACUAUUGAGGCGUCGUCCUCACCACCAGAUAUCGGCUGUAUUCUCAGCCAUCUCCUCCUCCUCCAACCUCUUGUCGUUCAGCGCGAACGUAUCGCGCAGCCACUUUCACCAUGAAUGACGAUGAUGCGAUCCAUAGCAUCCACAAGAAGAUCGAGCGCGAGAAGAUCUCGUCUGGACUCACAAAUGCGAGAUGGUCGUCGCAAUCUUCAGUUCUUCGAGGAGAAGCUGCGCGACAUCCAGAUGCGACGUGUGAACCAAGGUGUUGGAGACAUGUCCCUCGGAGGAUCUUCUGACGAUGCUGGUGGUCCUCCUGCACCACCUCCCAAGGACUCCCGAGAAGAUAGAGGAUCUUAUGGUUCAGGCUCAGGACAAUAUGGCCAGUCUGCCGCUGGUUCUGACCUCAUGCCUCCCCGCCACCCUUAUGCUCCAGGUCCUGGUGGCUCGGGUAUUCCGAAGCCACGUCCUAAUUUCACCAAGUUAGAUUUGAUCAAAUAUGAUACGCCGCAUCUGGGACCCCGCAUCCAGCUCAUGUUGUCGCAAAUUCAAUUCAAGCUAAACGUCGAAGAGCAAUAUCUGAAGGGUAUCGAGAAGAUGGUUCAGCUUUACGGUAUGGAGGGAGACCGCAAAAGUAAGGCUGAUGCGGCUGCCCGAAAAGUCGAAAGCAAGCAGAAGAUUAUACUGUUGAAACAGGCACUCAAGAGAUAUGAAGAGCUGCACAUCGAUGCGGACGUUGCCGAUGCUCAAGAUGACGAUUCCAUCAACGCCCCUAACCUGAGGAAGCCCCUAAGCGGACAGCUGUCGAUCCGUAUGCUGGCUAUAAAGGAUGUGGACCACCUGGCAACCGGUAGGUUUACGCGAGGGCCUGAGACCUUCAUUGCCGUCAAGGUUGAGGAUACCGUGAUGGCUCGCACAAAGGCGUCCAGGAACGAUCGCUGGGAGGCCGAAUACCAUACCAUCGAAGUUGACAAGGCCAACGAAAUCGAGCUGACCGUUUACGACAAACCCGCUGAACACGCCAUGCCCAUUGCUAUGCUCUGGGUUCGAAUCUCUGAUAUUGUCGAGGAAAUGCGUCGCAAGAGGAUCGAGGCUGAGAUGAACAGUUCUGGAUGGGUUUCGGCCGACAGAAUGGGCAGCACCGGCGCGGCCCCUUCACAGUUCCCUAUGAGCCCAUCUUCAGGCUCUUUUGGGCCAGGCUCUCCGGCAGGUGGUGGUGCGCAAGGAACAGAGACUGGUCCAUUCGGGACUGCUGGUCCGCAGCCUCAGGUGCAAACUGGACCAAUUGAAGAAUGGUUUAACCUCGAGCCUACUGGGCAGAUUCAACUCCAGUUGGCAUUCAACAAGACUAACGCGAACAGCCGCCCCGUUGACCUCGGUCUUGGCCGAAAGGGUGCUGUUCGUCAACGCAAGGAAGAGGUCCACGAGAUGUACGGACACAAGUUCGUACAGCACCAGUUCUACAACAUUAUGCGUUGUGCGCUUUGCGGAGAUUUCCUCAAAUACUCUGCAGGCAUGCAGUGUGAGGAUUGCAAGUACACCUGUCAUACGAAGUGUUAUUCCAGUGUGGUUACGAAGUGUAUCAGCAAGAGUAACGCUGAGACCGAUCCCGACGAGGAGAAGAUCAACCAUCGUAUUCCGCACAGAUUCAACCCUUAUUCCAACAUGACAGCAAACUGGUGCUGCCACUGUGGUUACAUUCUGCCUUUUGGCAAGAAGAACUGCAGAAGGUGCUCAGGUAUGUUUUGUUUGAUUCUGUUUGCUGCAUUGUGAAACUAAUCCUUCAUUUGUAGAAUGCAGUCUUACUGCCCACGCCCAGUGUGUGCAUCUUGUUCCCGACUUCUGUGGCAUGUCCAUGGCUGUGGCCAAUCAGAUAUUGGACGGAAUAAGGUCUCAGAAACAGAGGCAGGCAAAGGCCUCCUCAUUGACAACUCUUCGACCAGGAAAAUCGAGCCCGACCAGCACUCAUUCUCCGGCCCC